AUGGGAGUCGAGGAGAGUCAAGACGAUGAUGUGAUGGCGUCUGAGCGGACGAGCCUGGCCGAGCGAAUCCAAAGCAACAAGGACCGGAGUGCACGACGAAGGGAGUCACUCAGACUGGACAGGGUCCUAAAGAAGCGCCAAAGUCAACCUCGCGCUGAGAAAUCGCCGGAGCUUCAGGAAGAGCCUCCAAACAUCAUGACCGAGCUAUACGACAUAUCCGACUUGGUGGAGCUGGAGAGAGAGAGGGUGAGGACGGAGGGUACCUAA